AUUAACUUCAAAUCCAACUCGGUUUCAACGUUCUAUCUUUCUCCUAUAAAUAUGAUCACCACCAUCCCAGCUUUCCAACAUACGAAACAUUCAUCAAUCAGAACCCUUUGUUUGUCUUUGUGCGUGCUUCUUAAUUCGUUGCCGUUCAACAAUGGCUACCAACAUUCUUGCCAAAAACCAGUCUUCUGUAGGCUUGUUCUGCUUCAUGGUUUUGCUUCUUCUCCAAUCCCAUGUGAGCAGUGCCCGGAAGUUGCUGCCUGAUCCUCCUGUUACACACAAUGCCUCCAAGCACAGUUGCAAGUUCGUCAAGGUUUUUCAGCUCGGCGACUCGCUCGCCGAUACCGGAAAUCUAGUUACCGAAAGCCCACGCGGCGGUGGGGCUUUGUUCAAUCACUUUCCAUACGGAAUCACAUUGGGAACAUCCACCGGAAGAUGUUCAAAUGGUCUUCUCAUGAUCGACUAUUUUGCCUCAGAAUUUGGUGUUCCAUUCCUGAGUCCUUACGAAAGAGUAGAAGACGGUGCGAAUUUUGAUCGUGGAGUCAACUUUGCUGUCGCCGGCGCUACCGCACUGCCAUUGGAGACCUUGAGAGCUAAGAAUUUCCCCCUUGGCUACAUUCCAACCGGUAGCUCGCUCGGCGUACAGUUGCAAUGGCUGUCUUCUCACUUAAACUACACAUGCCAAAGCAGAGGAGAAGAAUGUCAGGAAGAAUUGAAAAAUUCUCUGUUUUUGGUUGGAGAGAUCGGUGGCAACGAUUACAAUUAUGGAAUUGUUGGAAACAAAUCCAUGGCAGAGUUGUAUGGUUUGAUCCCAGAAGUGGUUCAAACUAUUGUGGAUGCUGUUAAGGCCGUGAUUGGCUUAGGAGCAACUAGAGUUGUUGUUCCUGGAAAUUUUCCCAUUGGUUGUCUUCCUGUUUACCGGGACAAUCCUAUAGAUGGUUCGGGAGGAUACGAUUCAAACCAGUGUUUGGCGGGACUAAACCGCCUAGCCAUCGCUCACAACGAGGUUCUGAAAGAAGCCAUUGAACAAUUGAAGGAGGAAUAUCCCAACACUGCCAUUGUCUAUGCUGAUUAUUACAAUGCCUUCUUGUCAGUCCUAACUAAUGCCGAAAACCUUGGUUUUGCCGACAAGUUUUCGCCUUGUUGUGGAAAAGCAGAGGCACGCAAUCCUUCGGCAUUCUGUGGGGCGCCUGGAGUUACUUCUUCUUGCCCAAAUCCAGACGAUCAUAUCAGUUGGGAUGGAGUUCACAUGACUCAACAAGCAUACAAGUUCAUGGCCGACUAUCUGAUCACAUCCAUCUCUCCACAGUUAAACUGUAGUUAAGUUUGCUUUUGAAAUUUAGGAUUAUUUAUUUUUCCUUUGGAGUGGUCAUGUUUUCGGGUGAUCAAUGAUCAGAAAUUCAGAGUUUAGUUUUCACUUCUAUAUAUAUAGACUAGUAUUAUGAACUUUAAAAUUCUUUACUUGCAUCCUAUUCACAGUCCUUUUGAUUUUUUGAUUUUUUAUUUUUAGAAAGUCCUUUUGCUAUCUUUUAAGUCCGAUUCCAU